UAAAUACCUUAAUAUACAUAGCAAUAGUUGCCAUUAUUGUAUACAUAAUUAAAUUCUAUAUGAGCCUGGCCAAUUAUCCUCCAGGUCCACUACCAUUGCCAUUGUUGGGAAAUUUUUCAAUUUAUAGUAAACGUAACAAUGGGCUCAUGGAGUUACGUAAACUAUACAAACAGUACGGACCGGUUAUGACAGUAUGGGUCGGACCGUUUCCUAUUGUUAUUAUAUCAGAUUAUACAGUUAGUAAACUGGCAUUCAAGCAUACCCAAAUGGCCAAUAGGCCAUUAGUUGAAAUUAAUAAAUAUGGUAUAAUGGCAUCAGAUUGGGGUCCGGAGCUGACUAUUAAGCGAAAAAUUACUAUAUCGGCAAUAAGAAAAUAUAUGACUACCGAUCAUCUAAACCAUACAAUUGAUAGAUAUUUGCGUCAAAUGUGGUCAGAAAUGUUAGCCGAUUCGGUGGAUAAACAAAACAAUCAAUCGAUAAGUGUUGACAAAUAUUUCGAUAAUUUUAUGAUUAAUUUUAUGUCACGAGUUGUCUUCUAUAACGAGACAUAUAAGGAUCGAUUUGAAUCGUUAAAGUCGGCAAUGCAUUACAUAUCAAUCGAUUUGUUCAACGAUAUCAAUCAUUAUGUUUAUGCGGCAAAAUUGAUACCCGGUUUGCGGUACAUAGUGGCCAACCCGUUGAUCAAAUAUAAUACACAUUUUGAUGAAAUAAAACAGUAUUUGUACGAUGUUUUCAAACUGCGCGACAAUAACACCGUCGACAAUAUCGGUGACGACAUGUCGACCGGCGCCGACUUAUUUCAUAUGAUAUUUGAGACAAAACGUCAUAUGGAAACCAAAAACGGCGGCCAAUUGCUGAUCAAUGAUGAAGGACUGGCCGUAUCUAUAAUCGAAGUAUUUCAGGGUAGCAUUGAGACAAUGUACCAGACAUUUAUUUGGUUGAUCCUAAUGUUGGCCUAUUUUGGUGAUGAACAACAAAAACUAAGGGACGAAAUCAACGAAGUUUUAGGCACCGAUAGUGUAGUGCAGGUAACGGCCGACAAUGCCCAGCGCCUACACUAUCUCCAGGCAUUUAUUACGGAAACCAUGCGCUACCGUACGCUGGCAUUUUUCGGACUACCCCAUCGGUCUACUGGGUCUACAACAAUAAUUGACGGCAAAUACAAAAUCCCGGUCAACUGUUUUAUUGCUACCGACACUGAAUACAUAAUGCAUGAUCCCGUUAAUUGGCCCGAACCCGAUAAAUUUAACCCUGGUCGAUUUAUCAAUCGGCAUACUGGUCACUAUGAAUUGCUAGCCAGUCACGCAUGGAUGCCCUAUGGUGUCGGUGCUCGACAGUGUAUCGGCAAAUGUUUGUCCAUAAGUAAUCUAUUGGUAAUUUUGGCCAGAUUUUUACAACUAACCCGCAAUUAUCGCAUACGAUUGGAUAGUAGACAUGAAUUCACUGAUGAUAUACUUAAACCGCACCAAACAAAUUCAUUUAUAUUUCAAAUGCCAGAUAAAUAUCGUAUCUAUUUUGAAGCUAAUUGA